AUGCUAUCCGUAUUGGAUCAUGGUGCCGCCCACGGAAGGAGUGUGGGCCCAGACAGAGGCCAGCAUUGGGAUGAGCGCCAUAUUCCAGUCCCCGCAGCGAAGGCACGCGAGGGAAGCAACAUGUCCGAAGGAGACGUCAAGCCGCCCAGUGCGCCCGUCGUGGCCGAAGCCCACCAGGUGGACACUUUCCACGUUCCCAAGGCGUUUUACGACAAGCACCCGCACUCGAAACCGCAUCUUGAGAACCUUGAAGAGUACCAGAAGCUGUACAAGGAGUCCAUCACCGACCCAAAAGCCUUCUGGGGCCGACUAGCGCGCGAAUUGCUCACGUGGGAACGCGAUUUCCAAACCGUACAAUCGGGUUCGUUCGAACAUGGCGAUGUCGCGUGGUUUUUGGAGGGCAGACUAAAUGCCAGCUACAACUGUGUCGACCGCCAUGCCUUCAAGGAUCCCAACAGGCCUGCCAUCAUCUACGAGGCCGACGACGCUGGCGAUGGCCGCAUCAUCACAUACGGAGAGCUUCUCCGCCAGGUCUCGAAGCUGGCCUACACACUCAAGGAGAUGGGCGUAAGAAAGGGUGAUACUGUCGCUCUUUACCUGCCCAUGAUUCCCGAGGCAGUCAUUUCCUUCUUGGCUUGCACGCGUAUCGGCGCCGUUCACUCAGUCGUCUUUGCAGGUUUCUCGUCUGAUUCGCUACGUGACCGCAUCAUCGAUGCCGAGUGCAAGGUCGUCAUAACUACCGACGAGGGCAAGCGUGGCGGCAAAACCAUCAGCACAAAGAAGAUUGUCGACGAUGCUCUCAAGCAAUGUCCUGGCAUCAGUCACUGUCUGGUUUACAAGCGCACUGGCGCUGAGGUGCCCUGGACCAAGGGCCGCGACUGGUGGUGGCACGAGGAGGUGGAGAAAUACCCCAACUACAUUGCGCCGGAGCCGAUGAACUCGGAAGACCCUUUGUUCUUGCUUUACACUUCUGGUUCAACCGGCAAGCCUAAGGGUGUCAUGCACACAACCGGAGGCUACCUCCUUGGAGCAGCGGCAACCGGAAAGUACGUCUUCGACAUCCACGACAACGAUGUCUUCUUCUGCGGCGGUGACGUAGGUUGGAUCACAGGUCACACUUACGUCGUAUACGCACCUCUGUUGCUCGGUGUGGCUACCGUUGUCUUCGAAGGCACGCCUGCCUACCCCAACUUCUCGCGCUACUGGGACAUUGUCGACAAGUACAAUGUUAGCCAGUUCUACGUCGCUCCCACUGCGCUGCGGCUGCUCAAGCGUGCUGGCAACGAGCACGUCAAGCACCAGAUGAAGAACCUCAGGAUUCUUGGAUCCGUCGGUGAGCCAAUUGCUGCUGAGGUCUGGAAGUGGUAUUUUGAGACUGUCGGAAAGGAGGAGGCACAUGUUGUUGAUACGUACUGGCAAACCGAGACUGGCUCGCAUGUCAUCUCGCCUAUGGGUGGUAUCACACCCACGAAGCCCGGAUCCGCGUCCCUGCCAUUCUUUGGCAUUGAACCUGCGAUCAUCGACCCGGUAUCUGGCGACGAGAUUCACGGAAAUGAUGUUGAGGGUGUACUGGCCUUUAAGCAGCCGUGGCCCAGCAUGGCCCGCACAGUCUGGGGAGCACACAAGCGAUACAUGGACACAUACCUGAACGUAUACCAGGGCUACUAUUUCACUGGAGACGGCGCCGGACGUGACCACGAGGGCUACUACUGGAUCCGGGGCCGUGUCGACGAUGUCGUCAACGUGUCGGGCCACAGGCUGUCUACUGCUGAGAUUGAAGCCGCGCUUAUUGAGCACCACCAAGUGGCUGAGGCUGCAGUGGUGGGGAUCAAUGACGAACUGACGGGCCAAGCUGUCAACGCUUUUGUAGCGCUGAAAGACGGCACAGAGUCAAAUGACCAGGUAAAGAAGGACUUGGUAAUGCAAGUGCGCAAGUCGAUUGGACCGUUUGCGGCACCAAAGGCGAUUUUUGUGGUUCCAGAUCUGCCAAAGACACGGUCCGGCAAGAUCAUGCGCCGUAUCAUGCGGAAGAUCUUGGCAGGCGAGGAGGACCAGUUGGGCGAUAUCACGACAACCCCCCUCCUCUUCCGCAAGCCGGGCGCCAAGAUGGUGGCUGGCAGGGGCUGUGCAGACGAUUACGACUCUCUAUUGUCGCUCGCCAUCGUUGACACGCGGUAUAGCCUUUUGCCUCUGCUAGCGUUUCUUCUGUAUACACCGGAGAGGCACCGCCACCCGAGAAUGCGCAUCUUCGGCACCUUAAGGGCCGCCAUCACCAUCGGCCUUGCCACCAUAACAGCCGCCUCGUCCCACGCCCGCCCGCCGCUGCGAAGCAUCGCGCUUGCCAAGAAUGCCGACAUCCUCACACAGACACACCGCGUCACUGCCGUAUCGACCUUCGACCUUGCCUUUGACGUCUCCGGGCAGCGCAUCCGCCUCAGCCUCGAGCCCAACCACGACCUUUUCGUCGACGGCGGCCAAAUCACACACCUCAACGCCGACGGCUCGAUAGCGCGGCAGGAGCCCAUUGAGCGGCUGCAGCACAAGGUUUACAAGGGCACCGCAUGGCUGAAGAGGGGGAACCGCUGGGACAAUGUCGGCUGGGCCCGGAUAGGGAUACGCAAGGACGGGCUGGAACCGCUGUUCGAGGGCACCUUCACCGUCAACCACGACCACCACCAUGUCAAGACGGCGUCGAGCUACAAGUCGACGCGCCAGGCCGAGGACCCAGACGUUGACCUGCGCGACCGCGAGUACAUGGUCGUCUUCCGCGACUCGGACAUGGGCCGCUUCGACGAGCAUACCGAGUUGAGGAAGCGAGGAGACAACAUCGCAUGUCCCUCCGACGACCUCAUCUUCAACACGCAGGAGGACCAUCCCGUCUAUGCCAGCAUGCGCGCCCGCGAUGAAUCCUCCGCCAUGUCGCCAUCCCUCAUCUCAGCCAUGUUCAAGCGCCAGAGCAACAGCGACGACACCCAGUCCGGAGGCAACGGCGCCGGUGUUGACCUUUCCACCACCAUUGGCAGCACUGCCGGAUGCCCCGGUACCCGCAAGGUCGCGCUGGUGGGUGUCGCCGCUGACUGUACCUAUGUCAAUUCUUUCAACGGAGACAAGAACCGGACCCAGACAAACAUCAUAGAUGCCAUGAACCAGGCUUCCGAAUUGUUCGAGAGCACUUUCAACAUCUCUCUUGGCCUGGCCAAUGUGCUCAUCACCGAACCCGAAUGCCCGACAUCGCAGCAGCAAGCAACUCCCUGGAACCAAGGCUGCAGCAGCCAGAUUACCAUCCAAGACCGUUUGAACCAGUUUUCCCAAUGGAGAGGCCAACAGCAAGACACCUACUCCCAUUGGACUCUGCUGUCUACCUGCAACACCGGAUCUGCCGUCGGACUAGCCUGGCUUGGACAAGCUUGUACAACAGGCUCUCAGGACAACAACGGCAACUCUGGCGAGACUGUCGCUGGUGCUAACGUUGUCAUCAAGACUGGCACUGAGUGGCAGGUCAUUGCCCACGAAACAGGCCAUACUUACGGCGCAGUGCAUGACUGCACGUCCGACACAUGUGGAAACAGCGACAUUGUCAGCUCACAGCAAUGCUGUCCCCUCAGCCAAAGCACCUGCGACGCCAAUGGUGGCUUCAUUAUGAACCCUUCAACUUCCCCCGGUAUCUCGCGCUUCUCCGCUUGCUCCAUUGGUAACAUCUGCUCUGCGCUUGGACGGAACAGUGUCAAAUCCCAGUGUCUCACCAACAAUCGCGACGUCACGCUCCUCACUGGUCAAAGGUGCGGCAACGGUAUCGUUGAAGGCGAUGAACAGUGCGAUUGCGGCGGCACCUCGGGCUGCGAGGGCAACAAUUGCUGCAACCCCGAGACUUGCCGCUUCAUCAACAACGCUGUCUGCGAUGACUCUAACGAAGACUGCUGCCGCGACUGCCAGUUCGCUUCUGCCAACACUGUCUGUCGCAGUUCUGUCGGAGAGUGCGAUCCCGAGGAAACCUGUACUGGCAAUUCACCAUACUGCCCCGAGGAUAAGACCAAGAAUGAUGGCUCAAGCUGCGGCAAUGGCCUUAGUUGUGCCUCCGGACAGUGCACGAGUAGAGAUAUGCAGUGCAAGACUAUCAUGGGUAGUUACACGCAGAGCAACGACACAUACGCUUGCGAUAACAGUAAUUGUAUGCUCAGCUGCGCAAGCCCAGAAUUUGGAGCAAGAUGUUAUGGACUCCAGCAGAACUUCUUAGAUGGCACAAGCUGUACCGGUGGGGGUAAAUGUAGCAACGGUGUCUGCGAAGGUGGCUCCGUCGGUCGAGAGAUCACUACCUGGAUCGAUCGCCAUCUUUCCAUCGUCAUCGGCGUCGCCGCGGGAGUCGGUGGCGCCCUCUUGCUCUGCAUCUUCUGUUGCUGCUGGCGUUCCUACCGCCGUCGCUCAAAGCUUAAGAAAUACGCUGCUGCUCAUCCGCCGGUGCCUUACCAGGGCAGCAGCAGGCGCAAUCGAGGCGGGCCCACGGGUCCUCCGCCUAUGGGCCAAUAUAACAAUGGCUUUGCUCCUCCCCCAGGCCCACCACCAUCUCAAGGAUCGUCUGGGCCGUGGGCGCCGAAUCCGCAUGCGCCAAACGGGAAUGUCCCAAUGCCGCCACCAGUACAUAGAAGUAGUGUGCGGGUCCCGGGACCCUUUCUGGCCAGGAUCUCGCGCCUCUGGUAUUUGCGCAAGAUUUGGACGGAAGACGUCGAGAAGUAUGAGAGGGCUCUGCAUGCUAAACACGGGCCCUUGAUACGUAUUGCACCGAAUGAGGUGUCGUGUUCUGACCCCGAAGCCUUCGCAAGUAUUUACCGUUUUUCCAACGCGUUGGACAAGUCGGGUUUCUACGAGCCGUACAACACGACCGGAUUUAGCGUUCAUGGUGACAUAUUCUCCUGCAAGGAUGACAAAAAACACGGGCGGAGACGCAGAAUCGUCAGCAGUAUCUACUCGAUGACGAAUGUUGCAAAGUCUGAAGAAUAUGUCGACUCGUGUAGCAAUCUCCUCGUCGAUCGACUAGGUCAGUUUGCCAAGUCAGGAAAACCUUGUGAUCUCGGUGAAUGGUUGCAUUGGUACACUUUUGACAUUAUUGGCGAACUGUUCUAUGGCAGAGCCUUCGGCUUUCUAGACGAAGGAAAGGACCAGAACGAUUGGAUCAAGUCGCUAGACAAGAUGAUACCAUUCGUGUGCUUGAUGGGCGUUGCACCUCCAAUCUUAAGGCCGCUGAUUGGUAUGAGUACCAUGCUUACAGCUGCCGGCCAGGAUAUCAGGAAUGGCGUAAAAAACAUAGGCUCCUCUUCCACACGCUUGAUGAAAGAAGCUUACGCAACCCGCCAUGAAGUGAAUAGAACGGACAUGGCCCAACAGGUUUUCGACAUCUAUGAAAAGAAUGGCGAAAAGAUGGACUUCACGUGGGGCGACGUCGAACAGGAAUCUUACGGCGCACUCUUUGCAGGCAGCGAUACAACUGCUAUCGCAUUCCGAUCGCUCUUCUAUCAUUUAAUGCAUAGCCCAAACGUCUAUGCUCGUCUCGAGAAAGAGAUUGACGAGGCUUUCCAAGAAGGUCGUAUGGAUCUGCCGCCGACCUAUAAGCAGGCAAGCCAGCUUCCUUAUCUGUGUGCAUGUAUUAAGGAGGCGCUCAGGAUUCAUCCCGGAGCACAGCUCUCCCUACCACGAACCGUUCCACGUGGGGGCAUGGAGCUCUGCGGACAAUUCAUACCCGGAGGCUAUACUGUUGGAAUCAACGCAGCAGUCAUGCAUUUCGAUCGGCGAGUCUUCGGUCAAGAUGCUGAUAUCUUCAAUCCUGACCGCUGGAUGGAUCCAGUGCGCGCGAACCAGAUGGACAAGUAUAUGAUGUCAUUCGGAGGUGGAACAAGAACCUGUAUAGGGAAGAAUAUCGCACUGAUCGAAUUGCAUAAGUUGUCGCCGCAAUUGGUAUGGAACUAUCACUUCGAGUUCUACGAUGCGGGACAGACGCAAUGGCAUACAAGAAACACCUUCUUUGCUAGACAGGAGGUAAUCAUGGUGUUGGCUCUUACCAGCGCAACAGGCAAGCUGGGCGGUGCCGUGCUGAACGCCAUCCUGGACAACAAGCUCAUUGAUCCCAAGGAGCUUGUAGUAUGCACGUCUAGUGACCCCAACUCGGACCGCUUCACCUCCCUACGCAACCAAUCCAUAACCCUCCGCCAGGCCGACUUCGAUAAGCCUGAAUCCUUGACGCGCGCCUACGAUGGCUGCACAUCUCUCUUCCUCGUUUCUACUCCACGCAUAGCUAUGGACUACAACAAUGCGCCGCUCUGGAAAGGACGAGAGGCGCACCACCGUGCUGCCAUUGACGCUGCUAUCCAAGUCGGCAUACAGCAUAUAUACUAUACGUCCCUUGGUUUUGCUAACCCCUCGAAAGCGAGUGUCAUGCGCGCGCACAUCCGGACAGAGGAGUAUCUACACGGGUUGGAGAAAGAGGGAAAGUGUAAGGUCACUAUCAUCAGAGAGGGGCUCUAUAACGAGAGUUGGCCGUUGUAUUUUGGAUAUUAUUUUGGGCUGAAAGAAGAAACAAGGGAAGAAGUGCUUGUUGCGGGUGACGGAAAGGUUAGCUGGACCAGCAUUCCCGACAUGGGAUUCGGGACCGCCAAGAUACUCGCAGCGCCGAGUGAGCAGUGGGCGGGCAGGACAUUUUAUCUCUCCCAGAAGAAGAGCUGGUCGCUGAAGGAUAUCGCAGAUAUUGUUAGCAGGGUGAGAGGCGACGAGAUCAAGCUCAAGAUCGUGGACAGGAAAGAGUAUGAGGACUUUUAUGUUAACAGUAAAGGUAUGGAAAGACCGAGUGUGGAGUGGUGGUCAAGCUCAUAUGACGCGUUGAAAGACGGAGAAUGUGAGAUUAACGAUCCAAUAUUGGAGAACCUGCUCAAGGAGGCUGGGAGGACACCCAAGCCGUUGGAAGAGACGAUCGAAGAGAUGCUGCGAUAG